AUGAGAAGAAUCUACCGAAGAGGGGAAACACGGCCAACUGAGAGUGCCAACAGUAAUGUGCGUGGACCUAACUCGGCCCUCACAGAAUUUCUAAGUGAACAAAACAUUCGAGCACAAGUUAUUCGUGAUCGGUACCUUAGUCGACUGCGAGAUGCUGCAGGCUCAGAUAAUGAGAAUCCAGAAGAAAUGGAAGCAGCUGCAGAUGCGGCCGAAGAAGCAGUAGAAGCAGCAGAAACGGCGGCCAGAACUGUGUUAGAGGAGGAAUCUGAUGAUGAAAUAGUCGAAAUAGUCGACGAAUCUGAACAUGAGCCCGAGGAAGUUGAGGAUGAGGAUGAAGAUGGUGAACCUAUUUUAAGGACUUCGCGAGCCAGAUCUGCAGCCAAACGUAAAUCUAAAGCAGCCUCGAGCACAAAUGGGAAAAAGAAACAAAAAUUGACUAAAAAGCAACAAAAAGCACUUGCCAAAAAACAGCAACGGGGCGACGAUGACGAUGAUGAUUACUCUUCUGAUUCUUCCGAUUAUGGGCGCCGCUUAGGUUUGUACCAAAACGACGAAAAUGAUGAAGAAUUGUUUCGCCGUCGUCACGGACACCGUGGACGCUUACCGGGCCAAACAGAUUUUUGUGCUCAGUGUCACUGUAAAUUUAUAGUCACAGUGUACUCGGAGUCUGCACCGCAGGAGAUUCAAGAAAAGUAUGUUAAGGAGCAACAAAUGAAAAAACUAGUGGAGAAACAACAUCGUGAUCAGGCUAAGCUAGAGGAACGUUUACGUCGGCAGGCAGAAGGUGAAGACAUUGAGUCUGAACCUGAGGAAGAAGAACCAGAAUCUACAGAAGAUGAGCGCAUCUCAGGUACUCUUCUCUUAUGUCUUGCGUGCUCUAAGGAAAAGCUCAACAAGAGCAAAGGUUCGCGAUCAUUAAAUGCUCAAAAGGAAGCCCGUGAGUCCUCCAAAAUGUACCGCCGGCGUGUAGCUGCUGCAUUACUAGAUCGCAAAGAUUUUGCAAAUGUUUCCUCAUUACAGGAAAUGUGUAUCCAAGUGAUUACCAACUACAUUGAAGAUGUGGAGGCACUGGGGUCUUUGGGGUUCUACAACCGAGAUCGGAUUGCGCGGAUUUUGUCGCGCAACCGUAAGCUUACUUCUCAAACAGCACGGUUAUUUCUUGAUCCAUCUGUGAAGCGUCUGGAACUGUGGGAUUGCAGUCAAAUCAAUGCUGAUACAUUGGAUCUUAUUACAGCUUACUGCCCAAAUCUUGAAUCGCUGACUUUAUCAAUGUGUGGCCAGUUGCGCUCAGACUUUUUGUCAAGGUGUGCAAAAAACUUACCUCAUUUAACUGAAGUUGCGCUAGAUGGUGCGUUCCUGGUGUCAGGGGACGCUUGGGCUACCUUUUUUGUUGACAUGGGAUCGCGGUUGCGCAAACUUGAUUUACGCAAUUCGCACCGUUUUAAUUCUGAGUCGCUUGCCGUGCUGGUCGAGGCCUGCGGAUCAUCCCUGACACAUCUUACGCUGCACCGCAUGUCUGGGCUUACUGAUCCUGCAGGGUACAUGUUGCUUCCAGGGCUUACGAAUCUCGUUCAUCUUGAUUUGUCGUUUCCACCACAGCAGGUCGUUCUGGCCAAGGAUGCUGAGCUUAUCACUGAUGAAACGGUAAUUGCUAUUUUGAACGCGGUUGGAGCACAACUUGAAACGCUAGUGCUAGAUGGAUGCUCUGAAUUGACUGAUAAAUUCAUUACCGAUGGCCUGCGACCAUGCUGUUCUCCCUUACGUUUGCAAAACCUUUCAAUUGCUCAGUUAGACCAGUUGACAGAUGAAGCUGUUGCAGACAUGUUUUGUGCAUGGCAGGCACAGCUGGAACGCCAGUCGCAUAAUCCUCUCCUUGCAUCUAUCAGUCUAGAACGCUGCAUUGGACUUGGUGACACAGCAGUAGGUGCGAUGUUUGAGCUAGUGCGACCGUCAGCAGUACGCAUCAAUAUUAAUUCCUUGGACUUAACCACGGCACCAUUUGAGAGUGUAUUUUUGGGUGAAGACCGCGCACCGUUUGCUGCACUGACCUCUUUUAACGCUGGGUUUAUACGUGCGCUUACCAACGAGCUCAUUACGGCCAUUACAUCUAAGUCACCACAUCUUGAGUUUAUUGAGGUAUUUGGAUCUCCAGGAGUUAAUAAACACUGCGUUGUGCGGCCGGGCGUUAAGUUGAUCGGCCGCCAGGAUGCAUUGGAUUUGUAG